AGGGUUCAAGAGUACUUCUAACAGUAACGACAUCGUUUUGCAUUCAUUUUCGGUUAUACAUGAUAUCUUUCUUUAUCUUCUCCACUUCUCUCCUCUGGUCUCUUUCCCUUAAACCCUAAAGUUUUCUGGGAUUCAUCAGAUUGGUCUAUCAAUGAGAGAAUAUUCAAGUACCGUUUUCUAAUAGCCUCUUUGUUUCAAAAAUUUCACCUUUCUCCACCGUUCGCUUUUUUUUGUUGAUCUCUUCUGUUUUACCCCAAAAUCAUGUACUGUAAUUUAACAAGAAGCCAAGGUUUUCCAAUGGCGAUUAGGGUUUCAUUACAACAAACGGCAGUCAAAAGCUGUUUCCAGUUCUCAAAGUCUUCGUCUUUACCAGUUAAGUAUCUCGUAAACCCUAAAGGAUGCGCCUUUGCAAAUGUUUCGACUCGUUUAGUUAGUUCUCGCCUUAAUUCUAUGAAGAUCGCAAUGUUGAGUAAGCCUCAAUGUGUUAGAGAUUUUUCGAGUUUCGAUUCUCAGAGAUUUGGCAAACGAAGUAAUCGUGUUGGUAGUAGUAAUAGAGGGAAAUCUAGGUUUGAAUCGAAAGCUUACCGAGAGAAGAGAAGUAGCGGUGAUGGCCGUUCUAGUGGAGACUCGAUUUGGGUGAAAUCUGAUGAGAAACCAGUGGGAGAAAGGUUUCAGAGAGGUAAUAGGCCUUCUUGGGAGAAACGAGAUGGUAGAAAUGGUUCUGUUUCUGAUAGGAGAGAUAGGUUUAGAGGUUAUGGUGAAACGAGGAAUCGAGAUUCUUUUCGUUCUAGAGGAGAUGAUAGAAUCAGUGAAGUGGAAGAAGAAAGUAAGAAAGGUGGUGGGAAUUCAAUUUGGGUGGCUAAUAAUGAUAAACCGGAGAAAGAGCAAUCGCCGAGAGUUAACAGCCGGUCAUCUUGGGAUGAUACAACAAGAAAUCUGAACUCUUUUAGUGCCCGAGGUGAUGAUAGAAUCAUAGAAGAAGAAGAAGAAGAAGAAGACGAAACAGUGAGGCAUGUCCGUGAAAAUGGUGAUGAUAGAAUCGUUGAAGAAGAGCCGGAGAAUACUAGGUGGUCUGAGAUUAAAAAUAGGUUCAAUAGAUAUGAUGUAAGAGAACAAGGACGUGGCAAUGCAGCAUAUCAGAACUGGAAUAGGCAAGAGAGCUGGGGUAGGAAAACAUGGCAAGAGGCGACCGAGUCCAGCGUGCCUAGGCUGGAGGGUGAAGUGGUUUAUGGAGUAAGUCCAGUGCUGGCUGCACUCUCUGUUGGGAGACGAGAGUUCUAUGCUCUCUAUGUUCAAGAGGGUUUGGAUUUGAGCAGUAACAACAAGAAGAAGAAAGACAAGAAAGGGUUCGAGAAAGUCUUGAAAAUCUCUGAGAAGCUUGGGUUAAACAUCAAGGAAACUUCAAAGCAUGAUCUUAACAUGGUCUCUGAUAACAGACCGCAUCAAGGAUUGGUGCUCGAUGCUUCACCCUUGGAACUGGUGAAAGUGAAGGAACUAGAUCCGAUUUCAUCAGAUGAAGAGAAAUCUUCUCUUUGGGUAGCUCUUGAUGAGGUCACUGAUCCGCAGAACUUAGGUGCGAUCAUUAGAUCCGCUUACUUUUUUGGAGCCACGGGUGUUGUGGUUUGCGCGAAAAACUCAGCUCCAUUAAGUGCGGUUGUGAGUAAAGCAAGUGCUGGAUCACUCGAAGUUAUGGAACUCAGGUACUGCAAAAACAUGAUGCAGUUCUUAGAAGCUUCUGCUGAGAACGGUUGGCGUGUGGUUGGUGGUUCGGUAUCUCCAAAGGCUGCUGCUUUGAACGAGGUUUUACCCGGUAGUCCGACAAUACUUGUCUUGGGGAAUGAAGGAACGGGUUUAAGGCCGUUAGUGGAGAGAUCUUGUACUGACUUAGUCAGGAUUAGUGGUAAUAUGCCAAAUGAUGUUGCUGUUACAGAGUCUGAUGAUGCGGAAGGUGGAGGCUUCAGAUCAUUUCUUGCUGUGGAGAGCUUGAACGUGAGUGUUGCAGCUGGUUUGUUUCUUCAUCACUUGACAGGCAACAAAUCAAGCGCUUGAACCCUCGGUGAUGUAUCCUUAGCAAUUCCACUUUUGGACCAAACUUGGGAUUUCUUCUUUACUUGUAUAACUUUAUGCUCUUAUUAUAUUGCUAUGUUACGAUCUGAUCUAUCUAUGCUGGGAAAGCUGCAUUAUCAGA